AUUUAAUUGUUGUCUCAUCACCGACACUCGCCGACUCAGACAAUGUCCUCAACAGCCGUCGUAGCGCUGGACUCUCCCAUGAACACCAUCGACGUUCUUCGUAAUUCACUGUCUCCAGAUGAUUCACCAGCAAAGAUCAGCGCAUACUAUUCACUUGUCUUCCCAAACAUCACUUUCUAUCUACAGACCCUGACAGUAACUAUUGGGCGCCGCUGUAUACCCAAUGCUUCCACGUCUGCUGCAGACAACAGUCCAGUUGAUGUCGAUUUGGGACCCCUAAAGAGUGUAUCCAGGCUCCAUGCAAAGAUCGAGUACGAGGAGGACGAGGAACGCUUUGUUCUCGUCGUCGUAGGCAGAAACGGCGCUUGGGUCGACGGUGUCUGGUCGGGCAGCGGUAGCAGGGUUCCUUUGGGAGAAAGGUCUCAGAUUCAGAUAGCUUCCAGGACAUUUCACUUCGUACUCCCUCCCCCUCUAGCACCGGAGGACUCGCCAUCCCCGAGUUCAAAUUCAUCAGUGCACCGCGCCCGUUCACCAUCUGUCGAUAUUACCUCUAUAUCCCCACCCUCUUCUUUACCCUCGAAUUCUCCGCCCCCCAUCUCUGUGCCGCAUGUUCCCCCACCAAAGUCACCGGACCCACAGCUCCCAAAUUCCAACAGCAUAUCCAGGGCGAAGAAUGCGCCCAAGAAGCGCAAGAAAUCAGACCUUGUUCCCAUACCAAAACCGGAAGUCAUGCCCCCAAAGCCUCAAUUUACAUACGCUCAGCUGUGCUAUCGAGCUAUUAAGGCAAUGGGCGGUAAGGCUACGCUGCAGGAUAUAUGUUCGUGGAUGAUGGAGAAUUAUGACUGGUACCGAUAUAAUGAGGGUGCGGGUUGGGAAAACUCUGUUAGACAUAAUUUAUCAUCAGGGCGUGCAUUCAAGAAGAUGGAGAGAAGUUCCGGAGAACGGGGCAAGGGGUUUUAUUGGUCCGUGGACGAACAGUAUGAGCACACGUUUGAGGAGCAAGAAGCCAGAUCACAAGCUGCUUCGUCGAGUGCAGGUGGUAAAGAUGGAAAGGGCAGGAAGAAGGAGAAGGCAGUGCCUCUCGAACCUGCGCUCAAGCGUAGUGUCAAGGGCGAUAUCAAAGGCGGCACUCUUCCACCCCCAUUAACAUCAACACCGCUACAGUUCAAGUCAUCUAAUUCCUCUAUGCCGCAGACGAACCCGUUGACAACAGUCCCCCUUGCGACUCCUUUCACAACCACACCCAUCAUCAAGACAGAACCUUCGGCGGCACUCGAUUUCACUUCAACAGGGCAUCCAGCACCACCAGCCGCAUCUCCACACACUGCUCCUGCACUAGCAGCACCUUCUUCAUCAGAAUCUUCCACAUGCGCAACAUCCAACGCAGCAUCGGCACCCUUCUCAGCAUUACCUGCAUCUGUUUGCCUACCCAUCAUAGUUGGACCCGUUCCUCCCUCGCAUCCUUCAUCCUCGAACCCUGAGCAGGCACAACCCAUCAUUCUUCAUAACAAUACCCUGAUACUCUCUCCCACGAUCUUUUCACAUUUGUCUCCAGAGCAGCUCCGAGAGCUCGAGGCGCUUGGCGCCCAAAAGGCACUAGAGAUUUUACAAGGUCAUAUCGUGCGAUAUCUCAAGGAGAAGAUGACUCGCGGACGCGGGCGGGCCAAGCGUGGAAGAGGCGGUCGCGGAGGUACACCUCGCGAUAACAAAGCCCCUCCCCCAGGUGGUCCAUUUACCACUGCGCCGCUUCCACCGCGGACGGUCCAACCAGUGACGGUGCCGGGUUUCGGGAGUGCCCAGACUCAAGCACCACCUGCCCAUCCACCGAGCGCUGAGGGCGUUUCCAUCAGUAUCGCGGAGAAACCUCCCGUGCCUGUGCCAAUAAUCGCACCCAUGCCUCUCCCUCGCAGCGAGUCUCCUAUCAUCGUAGUGGACGACAUUGACUCGGCUGAUGAGGGCCCCGCGAUGAAGAAGCGGCGGAUAGACGUUGUUUGUUAGCAUUGACACCUCAUCGACCAUUCUUUGAUCACUUCCUAUUGCAUACGCGACUUGACGUCUUCGUCUCUACGCCCUUUCAUGACUUACUUUUAUUAGCCCACUAGUUCAUGCGAUAAUUUGACUCAGCAGUAACAUACGAUACACAUGGAAGCAUGCUUAUGAUUCACAGGACUAUAGAUUUGUACA